UACUUGACCAGCAUGGAGGACGCCACAGAAGGCACACAUGGCUGUGGAAAUACCUCAGAGCCGGAGGGAGACAGAUGCUCAGAAAACGAUUUUGGACCUUCAAUACUCGGAACGAAAGACUAUUGGGAAGAUGCAUACCAAAAAGAACUUGAGACAUUCAAAGACAUUGGGGAUGUUGGUGAGAUAUGGUUCGGCGAGGAAAGCAUGAGUCGUGUGCUGCGAUGGAUGGACAAAGUUAAGAUCCCAGAAAAUGCUGCCAUUCUGGACAUUGGCACUGGAAAUGGAGCAUUUUUAGUUGAACUGGCUAAACACGGAUACAGGAAUCUGACGGCUAUAGAUUAUUCUCCAGCGUCUGUAGAAUUGGCCAGAAAUGUUCUGCAGGCGGAGGACUUGACGGAUAUCACCGUAAAGGAGAUGGAUUUCUUAAACUGUCAAGGGGAGCUAAAGGACUUUGACGUCUGCAUCGACAAAGGAACAUUUGAUGCAAUAAGUCUAAACCCACACGACACAGAGGAGGGCAAAAAACUAUAUGUCCAAGCUUUAAAAGAUGCUCUUAAGGACAAAGGAUUCUUCGCUGUCACUUCCUGUAACUGGACAAAAGAGCAGCUGCUAGACAGAUUCAGUGAAGGAUUUGAGUUUGUACAGGAGUUGCCUACACCCAGUUUCCAAUUUGGAGGCAGGACGGGCAACAGUGUGACAGCACUCAUCUUCAAGCGACUAUGUUGAUUCACAUGUCCCUGGAGGAUAUUUGUCUUUUUUUUUUUUUUUUUCCCAUCAAUUCUGUAGUUUUUUUUUUUUUUCUGUUUGUCACAGGAAAUCAUACUAUCUGAGUAUAUUAAGAUAUUUUUUUAAUACAAGAUCUGAUUAUUUAGGAUCCUUUUUUAAAAGACUUUGUAUACAGAAGCAGACAUACAGAGUGGGACAGUUCUCUUGAGAUAAAACAAAUCAGCUUUGUUUUGGUUUUGUCUCAUUAACUUUACACUGACCCACAGUGCUAAAGACAUCUGCUAAGUAUAUUUAUGUGACAUUAUUCUGUAAUGUUUGUGACUCAUUUAUGCAGAUUAAUAAGAUUAAUUGAUUCAUUCAAUUUCACUUUUAAGGUCAUUUCUAUACAAUAAAAAUGUUGCUGUGUA